AUGACAAUAAGCGCACCCGAAGCAGAAGAAAGAUUUUCGAGCCAGGAGGACGUGGAGGCAAUACUGGAAAGUGUUCGGCAGGAUUAUACCAUCCCCGCGUCUAUUCCUUGGCCUAGCGAUCUACCCGGCGAGGAAGUCACCAGUGAUUCUGAGGAAAGCCAUGUCCCCGAGCUACCUUCGUUUACAUAUACCAAACUGCCAGAUGGUAAUUUCACUCGAGUGUUGGUCCUCAAACCGGCAGAAGACCCCCGUGAUGAGCUAGCGUGUGAUAUUCAGGUCUUGGAUCUUGACAACGAGCGCCACACCUACGAUGCUGUUUCGUAUGUUUGGGGAAAGCCCGAGUUCCCUGGAAUUCUUCGAUGUGGACAGCAAUAUCUCAAGAUCACAAAGUCCUUGACCCAGGCCCUGCGGCGGUUCCGAGGGCAAAAGUCUGUCCGUCGACUCUGGGUCGACGCAGUGUGCAUCAAUCAGAAAGACACAGACGAACAGCCCGCCCAGGUCCAAGCGAUGGGAUUUAUCUACCAACGGGCCAGAAGCACGCUUAUUCAUCUAGGUGAAGAGCCCCCAGGUCAAGAAAGGAACAUGGCGUUCCUGGUGCGCCUGGCAGACUUGGUUCAGGAGUACGAGAUCGCACAGGUAGCCAUCACCAGGAACAACGAGCUCAUCAGGCAGGCUCUGCACGAGGUGUUCGGAAGCGAGGACAAAUCACCUAUUGGCCCGCUCCAAGCCAUUCCCUGGUUUGGGCGCCGGUGGAUCAUUCAGGAGGCGUCGCUGUGUAGGGCGGCGAUGACCUUCCUUGGUCGCUCUAUGGACACCCUCGAUCACAUCACAGCGUCGAUGGCCGCGCUGUUGAAUAGCGGAUGGACCCCCGAAGAUACAAACCAGGCCGCCUUGAAUAAUAUUGAAGCCAUCGUUUUUCUGUCGCGUUAUCAGAAGGCGACAUUCCAUCCCAGUAUCAGCUACAGUCUGGUCGAUCUUCUUGUUCACUGCCACGGGGCCGAAUGCUCCGAGCCUCGAGACCGUAUAUAUGCGUUGAUGUCUGUAUCUCCGGAUGUCAGCACGCCACACAUACAGCCUGGGACAACUAUAAACCCCACUAUCACGGUUAUCCCGGAUUACACAAAGCCUCUCGCGGAUAUAUACACCGAUUUUGCCGUCCAAUGCAUGCAGCAGUCCCAAACAUUUGACAUCCUGCACUGCGUGGGUGCCUUCCGACAGCAAACAAAUACUACUAGCAAGAAGAAGCUCGCAACUAGCAGCCAGCCGUUGGAAGUCCCCUCCUUCGUACCGGAUUGGACCGCUCCACGCCGAUGGAAACCGCUGUAUGCGAUCUCGAGAUUCACGGCGGGGCUCGUGCAACAUCCUCCCCAAAGAACCCUAUCAAACGAUCGACUCACCCUCCGGGGUAUCGCAUUAUGGCGUGUAACGGAGACAACCGGUGCAUUUCCAGAAAGUCUCGGGUCUUCUAUGCUCGCCCAUAUUAUUUCGUCCUGCAUGGGCCUAUGCAGGAAGUUCCUUCCAUCUCCCGAGCGCGACGACCCAAAUGCGCUGUCUAGAAAGCUGGCACGGACGCUGAUCGCGGAUGACACUCUCAAUGUUGCGUUAUGGAUGAAAGACGGGGCGGUCAAGAACACCGAUGAGCUACGCACACUGAGGUUCACAGCUGAAGACAUCUUUAGUGGGCGAUUGGAUGGCUUUCAAAAGCUACUCUGCCAAUACAAUGGUGGUGAAGUGUUGGGAGUCUCGCGCUCCUCGGAUAUAAAAAGUAUCGAUCAGCUCCAGUAUCUCACCUCGCUUCGUCAGGCCCUGCCAGGACGGUCUUUCUUUGCCUCGGAAGCUGGAUAUGUAGGUAUUGGUCCAGGAGACCUUAGGGAGGGGGAUUUGGUUGUUGUUCUGUUGGGUGCUCGGACGCCUUUCAUACUCCGAGAGACCGGUCACGGGGCUGACGGACAUUUUGAGAUUCUUGGGGACGCGUAUGUGGAAGGACUCAUGUAUGGAGAGGUGCUAGAGAAGCCUGGGGCUGAGUAUCGUGAUUUUGUUAUUCAGUAA